AUGGCGAGUCCUCCCGGAAGCCUAGAGCGGUCCUGGGUGCUCCCCAGACCCGGAUUAGGCGCUGGAGGCCCGGGCGGCACUUCCGGUCCGGGUGGUCUGGCGCCCAAAGGGAGAGCGGUUCGGGGGCUGCGGGUCGGUUCAGACUCUGCCUCUGUAGUCGGGGACCCCGGCGCGGAGGGUUCACUUGAUCCCUCUGAUCCUGCCCAACUCCCAGAGUGGAGCCUGGGAGACCAAGAAAUAGCAGUUGAGUCCUUGCCUGCUAGACUCCCGACAUCUCUGAUGUUCAAGGAUGUGGCUGUGUACCUUACCCGGGAGGAGUGGGACUGUCUUGGCCCUGCCCAGAGGAACCUCUAUAGGGAUGUAAUGCUGGAGAAUUAUGGAAACCUGGUCUCGUUGGGAUUCUCAGUAUCCAAACCUGAUGUGAUUUCCCAGUUGGAAAAAGGGGAAGAGCCUUGGGUCCUGGACCCACAGGGAGCUGGAGAGAGAGAGAUCCUAAAAAGUGAAUUUUCAGAUUGUGAGACCAAAACUGAAAAGAAAGAAUUGUCUCCAAGACAAAAAAUACCAGAAAAAAUGGAAUUACAGGGGAUGAUGCUAGGAAGAUGCAAGGGACCUGAGUUUGGAGAGCCCUGUAAAACUGAGAAUCAAUUAGAAAAACAUUGGGAAAAACCUGUGGUGGGAGUCCUGAGGAAAUCCCUUUCCCUGGAAAUAAAUUGCAAGCCAGUGACAGUGAUCUCCAUGAAAACCUCUACGAGAGCGAAAGGUCAGGAAUGUAAUGAAUUUGGAAGGCGCUUAAAUCUGACUUCAAAACGUGUUAAACACCAGCGGGUUCCAAGAAGCGAGAAGAUCCAUCAAUGUGCAACUUGUGGCCAAACUUUCAAAAAGAAUUCAGAUCUUAUUAAUCAUCAGAGUAUCCAUACAAGAGGGAAAGCUUAUAAACUUAAUAUGUAUGGAAAAAUACCCAGACAGAGUUCAAUUACUAUUGAACAUCAACAACUUCACAACCCAGAGAAACUCUAUGAGUGUAAUGAAUGUGGAAAAGCUUUUAGCCAGAACAGAACACUUAUCCAGCAUGAGAGAAUUCAUACUGGAGAGAAACCCUAUGAGUGUGGUGAAUGUGGAAAAACUUUUAGCCGCAGUUCUAUCCUAACUAAACAUCAGAGGAUACACACUGGUGAGAGACCCUACAAAUGUAAUGAAUGUGGAAAAGCCUUCAGUGCUCGUUCAUACUUUUUUCAACAUCGUAAAAUUCAUAGUGGAGAGAAACCCUAUGAGUGUAAUGACUGUGGGAAGGCCUUUAGUACUCGAUCAUCAUUUAUUCAACAUGGUAAAAUUCAUACUGGAGAGAAACCUCAUGAAUGUCAUCAGUGUGGGAAAGCCUUUAGUCAUAGUUCUAACCUUAUUCAUCAUCAGAGAAUUCAUACUGGAGAAAAACCCUAUAAGUGUAAAGAAUGUGAGAAAACCUUUAGUAGGCACUCACAUCUUAUUCAACACCAGAGAAUUCACACUGGAGAAAAACCAUAUGAGUGUAAUGACUGUGGAAAAGCCUUUAGUGCACGUUUAUCCCUUAUUCAGCAUCAGAGAAUUCAUACUGGAGAGAAACCAUAUGAGUGUAAUGAAUGUGGCAAAACAUUCAGCCUAAAUCGAACCCUUAUUGUGCACCAAAGGAUUCACACUGGGGAGAAACCUUAUGAAUGUAAUGAAUGUGGGAAGUCCUUCAGUCAGCGCUCACAAGUUAUUCAACACAAGAGAAUUCAUACUGGAGAGAAACCAUACAUAUGUAAUGAAUGUGGAAAAUCCUUUAGUGCACGUCUAUCUCUUAUUCAACAUCAAAGAAUUCAUACUGGAGAGAAACCCUAUGAGUGUAGUGAAUGUGGCAAAACCUUUAGCCAGAAAGGUCACCUUAUUCAGCAUCAGAGAAUUCACACAGGAGAGAAACCCUAUGAGUGUAAUGAAUGUGGGAAAGCCUUUAGUCAGAGUUUUAAUCUUAUUCACCAUCAAAGAACACAUAAUGGAGAGAAACCCUAUGAAUGUAAUGAGUGUGAUAAAGCAUUCAGUGUGCUUUCUUCCCUUGUUCAACAUCAGAGAGUACAUAACGGAGAGAAACCCUAUGAAUGUAAUAAAUGUGGGAAAGCCUUUAGUCAGGGUUCACACCUUAUUCAACAUCAGAGAAGUCACACUGGGGAGAAACCCUAUGAGUGUAAUGAAUGUGGGAAAACCUUUGGCCAAAUUUCAACUCUUAUUAAACAUGAGAGAACGCAUAAUGGUGAGAAACCAUAUGAGUGUAAUGAAUGUGGAAAAGCCUUCAGUCAGAGUGCACACCUUAUUCGACAUAGGAGAAUUCACACUGGAGAAAAUCCCUAUGAGUGUAAUGUCUGUGGGAAAGCCUUCAAUGUACGUUCAUCGCUUAUUCAGCACCAGAGAAUACACACUGGAGAGAAACCUUAUGAGUGUAAUGAAUGUGGAAAAGCCUUCAGUCAGCACUCACAGUUUAUUCAGCACCAGAGAAUUCACACUGGGGAGAAACCUUAUGUUUGUAAUGAAUGUGAUAAAUCUUUCAGUGCACGCUUAUCACUUAUCCAACAUAAGAGAAUUCACACUGGAGAAAAACCCUAUGAAUGCAGUGAAUGUGGAAAAUCAUUUCGCCAAAGCUCUCAUCUUAUUCGACAUCAGAGGAUUCACAGUGGAGAGCGACCUUUUACAUGUGAUGAAUGUGGAAAAACCUUCAGCCAGAGAAUAACUCUUAUUAGUCAUGAGAAGAUUCACACCAGAGAAUAA